AUGCAAACACAAGUAUAUGAGGGGUUGUGUGAAAAUUAUUUUUCUCUCGCGGAACCACAAAGACAGAAUCAAAGUGCUUCUUUUGGCCACACUGGCUUUUCUUUCUUGCUCUUUUUUCUCCUCUCUCUUCUAUUUCUGGUGGAUAUUAUGGCUAAUAACACAACAAGUUUAGGAAGUCCAUGGCCAGAAAACUUUUGGGAGGAUCUUAUCAUAUCCUUCACAGUGUCCAUGGCUAUCGGGCUCGUGAUCGGAGGAUUUAUUUGGGCUCUGUUCGUCUGUUUGUCCCGAAGAAGAGCGAGCGCCCGCAUCUCCCAUUGGAGUUCAAGUCGGCGACCUCGGUCUUCGUACACCCACGGCCCCACCAGGCCUGGGUUUUACCGCCACAGCGGCUGCGAGCGCCGCAGCAACCUCAGCCUGGCCAGCCUCACCUUCCAGCGACAAGCGUCCCUGGAACAAGGCAACUCCUUUCCCAGAAAGUCAAGCUUCAGGGCUUCCACGUUCCAUCCAUUUCUGCAAAGUCCACCACUUCCCGUGGAAACUGACAGUCAGGUGAUGACGCUCCCCGCCUCCCCGACCUCCCCCGCCCUGCUCACCGCUCACAGCCUGCGGCGCCCCGACUUCCACUGGUCCAGCAGCAGCCUCCCCGUGGGCCUGUCCCCGCCGCCCCCGCCCACCUACGAGUCCAUCAUCAAGGCGUUCCCAGAUUUCUGACAGGAGCUUUUGUUCGCCUGGUUCUUUCUUUCCUUGUCUUUUCUCGAAAGGAAAUCAUAAACAGACUAAACAGAAUUUUGAGGCCAUGGCCCAAACGACCAAGGAGUUCCCCAACUGGAAAAUGCUCAGACAAGUUGGACGUUACAAUGUACAUUUCCUCUGAUCCCAUUUUUUCCUUAUCUCACAAAUACGUAAUAUUUUCGCAACUCGUUGUAUAUUUAUGUAUUUUGUACUCAAUGUGAGGAUUCUUAAAAGUCGUGAUUCUAAUCGAAGAAUCACCAGUAAUACAGUAUAUAUAAUUUAGUC